UGAAGUUAAAAGGAGAGUGGCUCUUACGUCACGAAGUCAUAAGUGGGCGGGCACCCUUUUUGACCAAGGUCUGGGGGCAUAGAACUCUAUCUUUGUCCCGGAUGAGCUCCAUCCAGGCCUAGCAACCUCCCCCAGACAGAGUUGGAGGCAAACCCAUGCAUGCCAGAUUCCCACCGAAGCCGGCUCUCCUCCAAGCUUGCUUGGAUGAAAAAAUAGCUCCAGGUUCCCUUGGGAUCCGCCCUCGAGAGGGCAGCCGUGCACAUAGUUUGAAAAGAGCUGAAUGGACAGGUGUGCCUCUUAGGGACGCAGCCACCAGGGGACAAGAAGCUGUCAGCCCCCCAGAGAGUCCUGGCAGCAUGGACGAUGAUGACGAUGAGCCUCUUGAGUCUGAGGCCAAAGAUGAGGCCUCGUUAGCGCCUCACAGCAGCGAUGACACCCUCUACUGCGAAGCUGAAGCCCCCCCAAGCGUUGAGAAAGAGAAACCCACCCGGGAGGAUUCAGAAACUGACUUGGAAGUUGAAGACACAGAGAAAUUCUUCACCAUCGGACAGAAGGAGCUGUACCUGGAGGCCUGCAAACUAGUAGGCGUAGUGCCUGCCUCCUACUUCAUUCGGAACAUGGAGGAGCCCUACAUGAACCUCAACCAUCAUGGGCUGGGCCCCAAGGGCACCAAGGCCAUCGCUAUAACUCUGGUGUCCAACACGACGAUCCUCAAACUGGAGCUGGAAGACAACUCCAUCAUGGACGAGGGCAUCCUGAGUCUGAUGGAGAUGCUGCAGGAGAACUACUACCUACAGGAGCUGAAUGUGUCCGACAACGACCUUGGUAUAGACGGAGCCAGGAUCAUCUCAGAUUUCCUCCAGGAAAACAACUCCUCGCUCUGGAAACUGAAACUUUCAGGAAACAACUUCAAGGAGGAAUCUGCUGCCCUUUUAUGCCAAGCCCUGUCGUCCAAUUACCGAAUUCGGUCACUGAACCUCAGCCACAACCAAUUCUCUGACGUAGGAGGGGAGUACCUGGGACAGAUGCUAGCCCUCAAUGUAGGGCUCCAGUCGCUGAACCUGAGCUGGAAUCACUUCCACACUCGGGCAGCUUUGGCCCUGUGUAACGGUCUCCGGUCCAACGUGACCCUGAAGAAACUGGAUGUCUCCAUGAACGGCUUCGGGAACGAGGGAGCUCAGGCCCUGGCGGACGUCCUCAGACUCAACAGCUGUCUGGUCUACAUAGAUGUCAGCGGAAACGGCAUCACCAAUGAGGGAGCCUCCAGAAUCAGCAAGGGCCUGGAGGUCAAUGAAAGCCUCCAAGUGAUGAAGCUUUUCCUGAACCCGAUGAGCAUGGAGGGGGCAGUGCAUCUUAUCCUGUCCAUCAAGAGGAACCCCAAAUCCAGGAUGGAAGAGCUUGACAUCUCUAACGUUCUGGUAACAGAGCAGUUUGUCAGAGUCCUGGAUGGGGUCUGUGCCCUUCACCCCCAGCUGGAUGUGGUAUACAAGGGAUUACAGGGUCUCUCCAGCAAGAGAACCACCUCUCUGUGGACCAACCCCAUGAAACUGAUCCAGAACUACACAGACCAACAGAAGAUCUCGAUUGUGGAGUUCUUCAAGAACUUGAAUCCAUCGCAAUCAAUGACCAUGCCUGUGGGGGAGUUCCGGAAAGCCAUGAUACAGCAAAACAAGGUCCCCAUCAACCGGUACCAGGUCAGGGAGCUCAUAAAGAAGCUGAACGAGAAGAACGGUGUGGUGGACUUCAGCUCACUAACGUAGCAAGACUUGAGGAAGAGCCUGGGACCCAUGCCCGAGGAACUCCAGCCCACAUGACAGCAUUCAGACCUCCAAGACGGUUAGUCAUGAACUUCCUGGUCCGGAUCGUUACUGUGUCAUUCAUGAUGGCUACGGGGCCCGAGCUGCACGGGAGGAAAAGAGGACCGCUCUCUGCCCUCAAACCAGUUUCUUAAAGGCCUGGAAGUCACAACAGCCAGUCCGGUCUAGAAAGAAGCCCCAACGAGAGAAGUCCUGGCAAGUUGUGGUGGCUGUGAGGAGAUUCAACCAAAGGUCAGAUGGAUAGAUGCCAUGACCAGAGCUAAGUGUGAGCAAAUAAAAUCUGGCUUGGUUCUGGGCA